UAGUUUCCAGCCCAAUAGUAUAGAGACAGAAAAAGUUAAGAAAUGUGCAGAAAUUGUUAACAUUGAAAAAUAUACGGUUUAAGCGGAAGAUGAAUUAAACGGAGAGUAGUAUCGUUCGCGAGCAUACGGAUACUCUGAUCGAUUUCCAGAAACGAUAUUUGAACUUGGUCAAAGUGUACAAAUUUAUAGUUGGACGGCGAUUUUGUACGCGUUUGUGAGACGUUUAACGAUACAAAAGCCGCGAGAUAUCGUGGUAUGAGAGACAAAUAGAUCGCAUUUUGUUCGUUCUAUAGAAAUGUGUGUUUGCAUGAAUAUUCACAGAGUAAUUUGAAUGUUAAACUCUGGAAUACCUCGCAUACCAAUAGAAACGUAACGCUAUUUUUAUCAGUUUUAAAAAUUGUUUAGGAAACAGCACAGAAAUGAAGGAAUCCGAAGGAAAAGGUUGUUGGUGAACCGACAGACAGUUAGUUUCACAGCUACAAGUGACAAUAUUAUUAUUGAACAUUGAUUUUUAAGAAUUAAUUUUAUUCAAAAUAUCCUCUUAGACGUGAAUGGAAUUUACAUUAUAACUUGAGGAGUCAGUGGCUCUUGAGCUUCGUGCGUGAAACGUCUGGCUAUGUUUUUUGUACUGGUUGGAUCGUAACCUUUGGAAGGCUGGUCGUUAACCCUUUUCCUACGGUGCGCAUAGUCGAAAUUGUUUUGAGAAGGCAUGUUAUUAACAUAUUAUCGUGUCUUAGGGAUUCAAAUGAACUUAUGAUAUUUAAUAAACUUCGUGACUAAUUUAUACCGCAGCUCUGAAAGAAAAAUAAGGCGAAACAAAACCAGAAACGUUCAAGUUUUUAGCAAACAUUUAACUUUUGCUAGUCUUUGUUGCGUUUUAAGCAUUAAUUAUCAGAAACGGAAAAAUGGACAUCGAAGAACAGCGUACAAUUUACAUUGCGAUAUGAAUUUACUUAAUCGGUCGUUCCUUUUAUCCUACUUUGCAACGUCGAUAAUUGUAUAACAAUAUUUAAUUGAUAUUUAGUUAUCAGCCAGUAAAAUCUAAGAAAGCCGUGUAAUUUUUCCCCGAAAUUGAAAAUCUGCUUGUCCAAGUAACCCAGGGACGUCGCUUCCGUCAUUUCAUCCAACAAUAACAAUUUAGUCAAAAUAAUAUUCAUCCACGAUAUUCAUUAAAAGCAUCUUAUUUAAUCAAAGAAUCUUCAUAAUAAUAACAAUAAUAACGUAUCUUUAGCGGCCAUUCGCAUAAUACACGUAGCCAUAAACUGCGGCGAAGGACAUUAUACCGGUGUUCCGAAAGAGGCGAACGAUUACCGCGAGCCAACGUUGCACGAACGUGUAAAUUAAAAAAAGACGAAUAUUACACGCGUUGCGACGGAAUAUUUCUUGCGAGCCAAACUAUUUGACGAGUUAAUUACCACAUCGAGUGGCUGCCAAAGGAAAUGGAUUAUUCGUUGAGCGAUACACACCGAAGAUAUGACAAUUUUUAAUUAACCUCCGGCGAAAGCGUUUUCGUGAAAGUCGCAAAAAAAUUGCCCACAUUUUUCUUCUUUUCGUUCGAGUUACGUAUUUCUGGAUAUCACCGACUAUUUAUUAAGAGGCCAUCGUCCAUUAUCGAUCGUGUUUGAAGCAAAAGUUAAGGCUCGUCGAUGUUCGUUUCGUGUAAUGAAUAAUCAAUCAAUCAACGCAUUUCCCAUGAUAACAGUUUGACGUUGAUUAACAAGUGUUUAAAGAGAAAUAGAACGAAGAGAUGGAAACGUGUAAUGGCCUGUAACGUGUAUUUCCACCGAUACAUACAGGUGUAUGACACUUACAUGACACGAGAAAACAGAGCACUAUCAAAAUCAGCAGAUGGAGAGGGAAAGUGUUUCGCGAGUUUCUUCACGGCCAUAUGAAAUUCAGGAUAUUUUAUUCAUGAACGACGAUCUUAAAAAUAAACCGGCUAGUUGAAAAUUUAAAAUGCUGAAUGCUUGAUUGCGUUGUGCUUCGCGAAUAUUCAUUAUCGCGGUAUUUUUCAACGACUGUAAACGUUUCGAAUAAAACUAAGAGAUAAUUGAGUGAAAAGAGACGAAUUUACGAUUUUAUUCAUAUGCUCGUUUACCGCGAAGAAAUAGCACAGCCAAUAACAAAUCUUACAAAAUGUUUCUCAUCUUUUGUUACUUUCCAAUCUCUGGAAUCUCAUCUAAAAAAAUUCCGCCAAGAUCAAACUCAUCUCUUUCGACAAAUUUCUAUCGAUAACUUCAUGCGUUUACGGCUUUUCAUAUGCAAAACAAAUUUGUUACUAUUAUACAUUAAUCUACUAGAAAUAUGUUAACGCAUAGAUGGAUUACUUCCAAAAAGAACGUAAAAAUUCGUUCAAAUUUGAAACAGCUUUCUUAAAAAGCUUAUCCUCUAUGAAUUAAUACGGAUCAAAUAUUAAACGCUUCUCCCACGUGGGCUGAAAUUCUAUCCAAAAUCGCAUCCGCGAGCGUAUUCGCGCUCGCGCGAUAGCAUCACCAACAAUAUCGUUCUCGGCGGCGACGAGGAGCACAGAGGCUCGAACAAAAGCGACGAACAAGAGAAGCGGCCAGAAAAAACAAGAAAAAGCAAGAAGAAGAAGUAGAAGACGAGGCGAGCAGUAGCGGAAGAGAAGAGCGAGAGAAAGAGAGGCUACGGGAGAAAGAGCGGGAAGAUUGGAGCGUAUCGCGCGGGUCGUCCUCGUGCUGGUCGCGCGUCAUGGCGUGUGCUCGCCGCUUCUUUUUUCCCCUGGUCUUGACUGCCCUGCGCCCCGUAUCGACGCGGGGGCCAGGGGUAAGAGUAGUAGGAGAGAAGCAGAAGCAACGACAGAGCGGCAGCACAUCGAAGAGAUGCCCAUUCUCCUCACCCCGAGCCAGAAUACGUGCAGGUGUGCACGAAAAGGUCCUCUCCCGCGCGCUCUCUGGCACCAACGAAGGGGCCCCCCUGCGCCACUCGACCGUGCACACUCAAACACACGCACGGAUAUACCGCGACACACGUGUACACUCACUGAAAUACAUAGACGCGCACACAGAGCGCCGGGAGACGCGUGGAGGGAACCUGUGCCGGGCCCAACAGGCCCCCGAUCUGUGGGAACUGUUCGGCCCGCGAGCUUCCCACGAUACGCUCCGGCUGCUGGCUGGCUGUGUACGGGCUGCAGGGUUCACUCGUGCGUCUCCCCCCCUUUCCGUUCCCUCUGUCCCCGUGGCCGACACCCUUCUCCCCGUGGCCGACACCCUUCUCCCCGUCAAGAGCCCAUAGAUUGCACGGAAGGGGCACCACGAUGGGACAGUUGGUGGGAGGGAUCGGUGAAGGGUAUAAGUAACCGGUCGGUCCCCACCAGGGACUCAGAACCGUUGUGAACACGGCAGUGUACGCUAUUCUCGGCACUCCGAGAGAACGCAUACACACACGCACGCACAUACCAGUCAUACAUAGUAUCUUGUAACGCAUAUUUCGUGUGCGUCAUCGAGUUACUCUUAUCGAACUGUAUAUUUCUGUCAGCCUAUCAAUUGGAACGUUUCGCGUUCCUGUCGAAUUGUUUCUGAAGGGUGGGCUGGUUUGUGACAAGUGGCAAGUGAGGAAGAGACUCUUAUCGUUCUGAGAACCAUGACACCGCAUACCAGCUACACACCGGUCGGCGGUAUGGAGUACGAAGAGCCAGUGUCGAGGACUUAUCAGUACAGAAAGGUGAUGAAACCGAUGCUGGAGAGGAAGAGGCGGGCCAGGAUCAAUCGUUGUCUCGAUGAGCUAAAGGACCUCAUGGUGACCGCUCUGCAAGCCGAGGGCGAGAACGUGGCGAAGCUGGAGAAGGCUGACAUACUUGAACUCACUGUUCGUCACCUUCACACGCUCAGGGCUGCCAGAAGGCUGACUCUGACACCGGAGAACAGCUACGCGGACAGAUUCAGAGAAGGAUUCACCCAGUGCGCGCAGGAAGUGUCGUCGUUCCUGUCGACUCCUGUGGCAGCAGCCGUUCAUCCAGCCGCCGGUGCACAGUUAAUGAGACACCUUGGCGGAUGUCUGCGGCGACUCGAAGGACCAGCGUCGACGAACACCGCCACCACCACGGUGACCGCUGUCAGUAAAACGACACCCGCUGUCAGUCCAGCUGCCAACGUGAUGAUCAACGUGCCACAAAACGUUUACACGCCGCCACAAAGUCCUGUCAGCGUGGUGAGUUCUUCGGGCGAAUCCACGGAAUCUUCUAACGCUGUUUGGAGGCCGUGGUGAUGGAAAAAUCCGAGAGCACGAAGUUUGGUCGAUGAAGACGACGCAGAUGAUCGAAGAUUCUGAAUUAACAAUUCGAUUUGAUUUGUUCCUUCCUGGUGAAGAAACUCUGCCGAUCGUGGGGCAGAGGCGGCACAGCGAAUGGGAGGAAAAACGACGAAUCAUUUGUCUUCCAUAUAUCGAAAAUUGUUACGCCUCGUUUAUGUUGAUCGAGGGCGUUUCCAAUUAAUAUUCGUAAUAUUAAUGUUGCUUUGUUAAGUAAUCGAAUAUCAUAUCCGGCACCGUUUUCGAGAAGCUCUUUUUCUCUCUAUUUCUUCUUUUUCUCUCAUCUCACUGUAUUGUAAAUAGGUGACGAAGCUUUAAGUGACACGUCUGUGAUAGGGUUCGAUUUUGUACCUGACAUAUAAACUAUAUUCUCGUAAAGUAGAAGGAUUAUUAUUAUUAUAGAUUUUAAUUUGUUAUGUUUAAGAGACAAGAUUUUCUUUAGACGUAACGAUGUCCACACGGUGUUUUUGUUAAAACCGAUCGCACGUCGUGCAGGAAUAAAUAAACACAUUGUUUCAAUCUUAA